AUGGCACACAUCUCAGGCCUCGGCGCCUUCUUCAUCAUCGUCGCCUUCGUUCUAAUCGGCAGUUGUAUCGCCUGGGUAAUCUACACUCACCUACGAGCGCGGCGACUCGGGCUCCCUCAACCGACCCUCUCCUCCUAUAACCCUUUCCACAGCAGCUCCUCGCAUUACGGGUCCAGCUCGUCCCAAGGAGGCGUUCUCGGCUGGGUCAAUAGCAAAGUGAAAGGAUUCCGCAAUCGCGGCAACCGGUCUGCAGGCGGAGCGUACGAGGAACCUUUGAGCAGUAAUGUUAGAGGGAGAGCAAGCAAUCGCGGGUUUGGACCGCUGGAUCCGGAUGAUGCGUGGGAUGCGCGGGUUGGAACGGAAGCAGAUGCGUAUGGGCCUGGGGGUUAUUAUGAGGAGCAGGAGUUAGGACUACACAAUGAUCGAGGAGCUGGGGGACUUGCGCCUGGAGCCGGGGCUGGAUAUGGAGAGGCAAGCAGAGGGAGGAGUCUGAGUAGAGAGCCGGAGCCGUAUAUUGGGGGAAGUCAGGCGGGGCUGGAUAGACGGUAUGAUGAGGAGAUGGGGAGGAAACCGAUGCCGCCUCCUGCACAGAACCCGUUUGAUGAUGCGGCAGAGCUGCCGAGUAAUUCCAGUUUGAGAGGAGUCAGUCCGAGACCGAUUGAUACCGGGGUGGGGAAUAGCUCGAAGGGACAUAAGACGCAGGAUAGUAUCGAUAGUCCGACGGAGAGGAGGUCGAUGUUCAGGGAGAAUAUGUAG